CCCGUGCGGCCCGGCCGGCCCGCGGGGCGCGGAGCCGAGGUCCGCGGCCGGCCGCAUGAAGGACUGCGAGUACCAGCAGAUAAGCCCCGGGGCCGCCCCGCCGCCCGCCUCCCCCGGGGCGCGCCGCCCCGGCCCCGCCGCGCCCCCCGGCCCGGGCCCCGGGCCCCCGCCGCCCGCCGCCGCGCCGCGCUGGAGCAGCAGCGGCAGCGGCAGCGGGAGCCUCGGCCGCCGCCCGCGGCGCAAGUGGGAGGUGUUCCCGGGCCGCAACCGCUUCUACUGCGGCGGCCGCCUCAUGCUGGCCGGCCACGGCGGCGUCUUCGCACUCACGCUGCUGCUCAUCCUCACCACCACCGUCCUCUUCUUCGUCUUCGACUGUCCCUUUUUGGCCCGCCACCUGACCCUCGCCAUCCCCAUCAUUGCUGCCAUCCUGUUUUUCUUCGUCAUGAGCUGCCUGCUGCAGACAAGUUUCACCGACCCCGGAAUCCUGCCCCGGGCCACGGUCUGUGAGGCAGCUGCCCUGGAGAAACAGAUCGACAACACAGGCAGUUCCACGUACCGGCCGCCCCCUCGGACGCGGGAGGUGACGAUCAACGGGCAGGUGGUGAAGCUGAAGUACUGCUUCACCUGUAAGAUGUUCCGGCCGCCCCGGACCUCGCACUGCAGUGUCUGUGACAACUGUGUGGAGCGGUUCGACCAUCACUGCCCCUGGGUGGGCAACUGCGUGGGGAAACGGAACUACCGCUUCUUCUACGCAUUCAUCCUCUCCCUCUCCUUCCUGACGGCCUUCAUCUUCGCCUGCGUGGUCACCCACCUGACGCUGCGCUCUCAGGGAAGCAACUUCCUCUCCACUCUGAAGGAGACACCAGCGAGCGUGCUGGAGUUGGUGAUCUGCUUCUUCUCCAUCUGGUCCAUCCUGGGCCUCUCAGGGUUUCACACUUACCUCGUCGCCUCAAACCUGACAACUAAUGAAGACAUCAAAGGCUCGUGGUCCAACAAGAGGGGCGGCGAGGCCUCUGUCAACCCCUACAGCCAUAAAAGUGUCAUCACCAACUGCUGUGCUGUGCUGUGUGGCCCCCUACCUCCCAGCCUGAUUGACCGGAGGGGAUUUGUGCAGUCUGACACCGUGUUGCCCUCGCCCGUCAGAAGCGACGAGCCAGCCUGCGGAGCCAAGCCUGAUGCCAGCAUGUGUGUGCGGGGGCUUAAGGACCUCCUGAGGACCGCUGCUCUCUGCCUCUCCAGGAGCGGCCUGGGGGGCACCAGGCCCCCGGCACCUCCACCUGCCUAACCUGUGGCCCGUCUGCCACCGUCUGUGCCUACAGGGUCUGCCCCCAAGCCUGCCCCACACGUAUUCUCUCUAGAGCACCCCCCAGAGGAGACAGGAGUUGGCCUCUCUGCCCCCGCUCUCACUCCGCUCACACGGCCAGAGUGUAGAAGGCCAGAAAGCAGCUGUCAGCACAAUGAUGUCAGACUCUGCUGAAACUCGCCCUCCCCUCCUCCACCUUCCUUCCCCUUCCCCAGAUCUGUCAGGAGUCAAGACUCUAGGAAUCUUGCCUUACAGCCUGCCCACCCCAGGAUCAGGCAGAGCUCUAGUCUAGCCGAGCAGGUUUCUUCAGGAGCCUUCUGGAGUGUUGAUGACGCUGCUGAACAAGUUUGGUGACUGUUCUGAGCACAGCUGGUUUGACACUGUUCCCACGCCCCCCCCCCCCGCCCCCCACCCAGCGGGUAGGACGCAAGGAGGACGCUGUCCCCCUUUGCUUCAGGCACCGAGGGGCCGGGCUAGCGCUGACAGUCCUGAGCUCUUCAGAGGAACUGAAGGCAACCAGGCGGGCCUAGGGAAUCUGCUGAGCCCAUGGCGGGGUGGGGGUGGGGGGCUGCUUGUCUAUUGUCCUGUACCUUUUUUUAACCGAAAUAAAG